CGCGAAGGGCCGCGCCCACGCGACAGGGCGGUGAUGUUCAUUCCUGCUUUACGCUACACUCUUGUCUUCCUCCUCGAUGCUUUGUGCCUGAUUCGAGAUACCCUGCGCUCGUAAACUCGUCCUCACAAUGAAUAAGUCACAAUCUCCGUACGACUCACUACCGCACAUCUCUGAGCACUACGACAAUUCAAACUCGGAAGACUCGGCCCUUCACCUUAUACUGACACUGCGGCCGGACUGGCGAGUGACCAAGGACACAAUCGAGUUUGUGCGCUUUACAGAUGGCAUCACAAACACGCUGUUGAAGGCAGUGAACAAGCUGCCAGGCCUGUCGACAGCAGAGGUAGAUGAGGAUGCAAUUCUGCUGCGCGCAUAUGGCAAGGGCACCGAUGUGCUCAUUGACCGGGAGAAAGAGACACGGUCACACUGCCUCCUUGCUCGCCAUGGCCUCGCACCCUUCCUCUACGCCCGGUUUGAGAACGGUCUCCUUUACAAAUUCGUUCCAGGCAGCGUGUGCUCACCUGCUGACCUGCGACGACCAGAUGUAUGGCGCGGAGUAGCUCAAAGAUUGGGAGAAUGGCAUGCCACGUUACCAAUAUCGAGUAUCAGCAGCACAUGUCCUGCUCCAUCUCAACUUGAGGCCAACAACAAGCGUGCUUCUUUGGUGGCUAUGUCCCAGCUCACGCCCGGAAAGCCAGUCCCGAAUGUGUGGACAACUAUGCAAAAAUGGAUCGAUGCGCUCCCAACAAGCACCACCGCGCAAACGACACGCCGAGAGCACCUUGCUACCGAACUCGCUUCCCUGACAAGACUACUGGGUGACACGCCUGGCGUUGGCGGUUCGAACCCGUUUAUCUUUGCUCAUUGCGAUCUCCUUUGUGGAAACGUGAUCAUCGAGCUUUCACCGUCGUCCGCUUCGAACUCACGUCGUUCUAGUUCGUCCAACGGGUCUGAGGAGCCAGAGACGGCAGCGGCAUCUGUAUCUUUCAUCGAUUACGAGUACUCUACACCAGCGCCCGCCGCAUUCGAUAUUGCGAACCACUUUGCAGAGUGGGGCGGUUUCGACUGCGACUACAACGUCCUGCCCACGCGUCGCGUGCGUCGCUCUUUCCUCCGCGAGUACCUCCGCAGCACCAGCAUACAUCUCAAUAGAACACACAGCGAGUCGGACGUAGAGGAGCUGUUCAAUCAAGUCGACAGAUUUCGGGGUGUACCCGGCUUCUACUGGGGCAUAUGGGCGCUGAUUCAGGCACAAAUCUCGCUUAUCGACUUCGACUAUGCAGGCUAUGCAGAGAUCAGGCUUGGCGAGUACUUCGCGUGGAAGCGAGAAUGCAGUGGCGAGCGAGAGAAAUCAGGAGAACCAAUGCCCCUGCGAGAGCAGAUCUGGGCCAAGGACGAGUAGAGGAGAUGUGCAUAGAAGAGUUGGGUGCAUUGAUUCCACGGGCGUUGGGAGUAAGCGGGCGUUUCAACAUGUUCAUCAAGGCGCUAGACGUCGCGCAUAUCAUGCCUACUUCAUCAGAGGGUAUCUUACUACAACAGAC